AUGCAGGCCUGGCCUGAUGGGGGCAGAGUGGAUGCCUGGUCUCAGCUGGAAGUUGUGGUGCGCGAAGCUGGUAUGAAGGUUCUUGUUGGGGCACAAAUCACUUGUGAUGAGCAAGAUGAUGACCGUGAUUGGCGCCUGGUGCUGCAGCUGUUGCAAAUUCUUGGAAGGCAACACGUCAUGGGUUCAAUAGACAACGCAUGCAAGCACCACUCAUCGAGUUUGUUCCUGCCACUGCAACUGGCAACACAACAGAAUCACUACAGCCUUCAAAUCUCCGGAAGCUCGAAGCCUAGCGCAGGUAUUGCUAUCGGCAAUGAGAUGGAAUUGCUGCAGUUCAAGGCCAAUAUUUCACAAGACUGCAUUCAAAGAAUGUGGCACGGGGGAUACUUCUUGCGAAAACUUUCGGAGAGGGCUGCGGAUUUAGAUGCGCUGGACGGCUUUGGUGACGUACCCCUGACAUCUGUAUUCGGCGGCUACAUCCUUUCUGGUUCACCUUUUGUCGAUACUCCUGGUGCCAUGGUGCAGACUUUUUUCAAAGAAGCCAUCAAGAAAUUUGGUACACGAUGGGUAUUCACAAUCAAUGUCUACCCGUACUUUGCACCCAACAAUGCUUUAGAUCCAGGGACCACCGAUCAAUGCAGUGCUAGUCUUGAGACAGAUUGGUGUUUCAAAAAGGGUUGCAACUUGCCCGACACCGUCGCAUUGAUGCGGAAAAAGACGACGAUGCUCGUUGGAAGAGACAGCACUCUUUGGGUUGGCGAAACUGGCUGGUCCUCUCCACAGGCUUCGACACUCACUGGAGCAAUGACCGGGUGCCCUGAUUUCUCUUCUCAAAAUUCGCUGAAAAACUAUUACAAGAAUUUCCUGCGAUGGACUCUCGACAUAUCAGAUGAUGUAGAUGGGCCAGAUCACGUCUUUUACUUCACUGCAAGAGACUCGGGGAACUUUGGAGUUGGAGAGCAUUUUGGCCUUAUUGCGGAUUGGCUUGGCGUUGCAAUGGUGGAAAUUCUUUAUAUCCCCAAGUGCACAGAGGACAGAUUCGUCAUAUUUGAAGGUUGCAAAACUCGAACAUUUAAACCGAACUUCCUGUCUGGUUGAGGUGAUGCAACAGCGUGCAAACUUCAGUCCAAGAGCUCCCAGACAGAAACUGAAUUGCUUACCGUUUGAAGAUGGAAGAUGCUGAAAGGCCUCAAAGGACGUUGAUUUGUGGCAUAUCUUCCGCUGCCAAGAGCAGUGAGGCAGCACUGUCGUAACAUGUCGUAAUAGCAGCAGUAGGUGUUUUGCGUCUCGCAAAGUGAGACCUGUGCGCCUCUGCAGUCCUGGCUUUGGGAUGCUUUGUGGCCUUGUGUUGCAGAAGCUUUAAUAGCUUUUUGGCUCAAUGGGCUUUAAAAAGUGUGUGGGGCCCCAUCUUCCUGCAGAGAUGAAUUUUCAUUCGAUGAAAUCUGCAAUCUGCCAAAUAUGAGUGAAUCUUCCAACACCACCAGUGCUUUGUUUCUAAUGUGUGACUGAGCCCAGUGGCAGAAGCGACGCCUCUGAGAGUGUAUCAACGUCCGUGCUCAAAUAGACAUGUAC